GUCCCCUCAUCCACCUCUGUUCAUUCAGGCCAAGGCUUCCUACGCAAGGUACGAUGGCGCCGUCAACCUGCCCGUCCAGAAGUGACCGAGCCUUCGGUCCAAGAGUGAACCCCGCUUGUCGUACUUUCGACUUCACCAUCCUGUUUGAAGAUGUCUUUUUUUCUUGUGUCCCGACUGCGGUUUUCUUCCUACUACUACCGUUCCAUGUCGGGGUUCUAGUGAAGUCGCGCGCUGUUUGCUCGGUUAGAUCGAAGUUGCUAUUCGGAAAGCUGGCGACUUUGGCUGGCUUGCUCAUAACGCAGCUAGCAUUCCUCAUCCUGAGGUCACAGAAAACUGCUGCUCAGACAAGCGCAUCAUUAGCCGCGGACACGCUGGCUAUUUUCGGAAUCUUUAGCGCAGCGUGGCUUACUUAUAUUGUCCACCAACGCUCACUCCGGUCCUCAACUUUGGUCAUCUUGUAUCUUUCCGCAAUAGCCAUUCUCGAUAUCCCCAAAACUCGAACGCUAUGGGCGAUCAAAAGUGCUGUCGGAGAAGCCGCUACAAUGACUGUGGUAUUGAUCUUGACAGCCGUAGCGCUACUACUCGAGUCAGUGCAGAAGAAGUCAAGCAUUGCAGAGGAAAAGAGGUUCGGUGCACCGGAAGAAUAUAGUGGGCUUUGGACCCGAACUGCUUUUACUUGGCUGACCGCUACCUUCCGUGCUGGUUACUCAAGGGUCAUAUCUCAGAAUGAUUUACCUCCUCUUGACACUCGACUUGAGAGCAAUUUGCUACGCCAAAAACUUGUUACCGCUUGGGCAAGAUAUGAUCACCAAGCCCGCCACAGCCUUAUUAAAGCAUGCUUCCACGCCAAUUUGUUCCCGUUCCUGACUGCUAUCCCUCCACGACUGUGCAAGUCCGUCUUCUACUUUGCUCAGCCGCUUUUGAUUAAUACUACAGUCUCAUAUGUGGGAGACGUCACGGCCGAUACCCACUUUGGUCGAGGAUUGAUAGGGGCAUGGGUUCUAGUGUAUCUCGGUGUUGCUUGCUCGACAGCCUUAACAUCGUAUCAGUCGGCGCGAUUUGUUGCGCGGGUCAAGGGUGGACUCAUUGGACUCGUCUACCAGGAGACAAUGAAAGCAAGGACAGCUGACCUUGGCGAAACCACCGCUAUCGCCUUGAUGGGAACAGAUAUUGAGCGCAUCGGCUUCAAUUUUCUCCAAAUCCACGAGCUAUGGGCAUCCGUCAUCGAAAUUGGGGUGGCUAUCUGGCUAUUGGAACAACAGGUCUUCUUAGCCUGUUUAGCACCGGUGGUCGUCAUUCUCAUCUCCAUUUCUAUUAAUGUGCCAGUGUCUCGUUCCGCCAAGAAAGCGCAGGUCGCCUGGAUUGAAAGGGUCCAGGCGCGACUUCGCAUUACCACUAGCGUACUUGAUGAUAUGAAGGGUGUGAAAAUGCUAGGACUACCAACUAUAGUAUCCAACAUGAUUCACAAAUUCCGAGAAGUUGAGAUACAGACAUCCAAGAUCUACCGCAAGUUGCUUGUUUGGAACGUCCUACUAUCAGAGUGUCCGCAAAACAUAUCGCCACUGGUCACCUUUGGUGUCACAGUCAUUAUAUCACUCUAUUGGAAAAACGGAUCGAUUUUGACCGCCCAGGCGUUCACCGCAAUUGCUCUAAUAAAUCUGCUCACGACCCCGGUCAUUCAACUUGUUCAGCUUAUGCCGCAGUUGCUACAAUGCGUUGGCAGCUUCGAGCGAAUCCAGGAGUAUGCCAACUACGCCAACGAUAGGCCCUUGCACAAUGGCUCUACCAAAUUCAGCAAUCUUGCCAACUCGUCUAUCAGUCUUCAUCCCCUCUCCCAGGCGCUUCCCGCUCGGGACGAUAAUCAUGAAAAGCACAUCGUUUUCCUAAGGGACAGCAGUUUUGCGUGGAAGAAAUCGAAGACUCCCUUUCUUAAAGAAAUCAACUUGAAAAUUCAAAGAGGAAGCGUCACUGUCUGUGUUGGGCGCGUCGGUAGCGGCAAAACUAUGCUGAUGAAGAGCAUACUAGGCGAAACAGUGUGUAGUCGCGGCCCUGCGCUGAGCCGUGUAUCUUCCGUCGCAUACUGUGCCCAGCAACCAUGGCUGGAGCAUGGUACAAUUCAGAGCAAUAUUAUUGGUGUAACGCAAUACGACUCAACCUGGUACAAAACGGUUGUUGGGGUAUGUCAACUUGAUGUCGAUCUGCAGGUCCUAGAAAGGGGAGACAAAACCGUCGUUGGCAGCAAAGGCUCAAACCUUAGCGGCGGACAAAUACAAAGGAUUGCUCUUGCGCGUGCGGUUUAUUCGCGCAAGGAUACUGUUCUGCUUGACGAUAUCUUCAGUGGGAUGGAUGCUCACACUGUAGAUAUUGUUUCGCAGCGCCUACUGGGAACGGAUGGUCUGUUCCGCAAACACGGUUUGACAGUCAUUUUGGUUACCCAUAGCCCUAAACUUAUGAGUCUCGCCGAUACUAUUGUCGCUCUUGAAGACGGCAGAAUAGCCCAGACAGGAAGUCCGGAAGCAUUGCUCGCUAAUGAAGGAUAUAUGACUAAGCUUGGCCUUGUUUUGAGGGAUGAGGAAGCGAGCGAGGGACAUGCUGAGAAUACCGGAAUCUCCCGGGUUGAGAGUACGCUCGCAGAGUCUUUCAUUUCGGCGCCAGCCACGCCAGAUGAUACCAACGAUAUACCCGACACCAGGCGUAAAAGCGGCGAUUGGUCAGUUUAUAGUUACUACUUCUCCAGUUCCGGCCGCUGGGUUGUCGCCAUGUUUCUUAUUAGCAUGGCUAUCUGGAUCUUCUGCACCGAGUUUGCAACGGUGUGGCUGAAAUGGUGGUCGGAAGCCAAUGAAGACCAUGCCAAUAAGGAUGUCGGUAUGUACUUGGGCGUGUAUGCCCUUUUCAGUCUUUUCGGAGUUGUAGCCAUCGCCAUAUCUUGCUGGAUCGGUAUUGUCAACAUAAUAUCUAGCUCGGCCUCUCGUCUGCACUCUGAUCUACUCAUAAGCACGAUAAGGGCCCCACUCCGAUUUUUCACUACUACGGAUACGGGUACUUUGACGAACAGGUUUAGCCAAGACAUGGAACUCAUCGACAUGCAACUCCCUCUCAUCAUGAUCAAUUACAUCUCGACCGCCUUCUUCGCUGUAACCAAGGCAAUCAUUCUUAUCGUUUUCUCCCGGUACUUAGCUACGAUGGCGCCGUUCGUCGUCGUGCUUCUCUACUUGCUACAGGCAUUCUACUUGCAGACCUCGAGACAGGUCCGUCUCCUUGAAAUCGAGGCCAAGGCCCCGCUAUACACACACUUCAUCGAGUCCGUUGACGGUGCAGCGGCCAUUCGCGCCUAUGGGUGGCAGUCACAAUACCAGGAACGCAACCACAAGUUAAUCGACCAAUCGCAACGGCCGGCUUAUCUACAGUACUGCAUUCAGAGCUGGCUUGGUUUCAUGCUAGACAUGAUUGUAACCAUCAUUGCAGCUGUAUUAGUUACUGUUGUCAUAAUAUGGAAGCAUAAAUUUAGCGCUGGUAACAUUGGUGUUUCGCUAGUCUCGGUCAUGACAUUUAGUUCUGUUCUUAUGAGAAUGAUCAAAGCAUGGACAAUGAUGGAGUCCAGCAUUGGCGCAGUGGCGCGCGUCAAGCGAUUCGUCGCCGAAACCGAGUCGGAAGAGAAAAGCAACCGCGAGACUAGGGCAGCAAAGGACUGGCCGUCACAAGGCAACGUCGAAUUCAAGGACUUGAUCGCUGCUCACUCUUCCGGUGCUGAACCAGUAAUUAAAGGCAUUACGUUAUCUGUCAGGCCGUCGGAGCAUGUUGCACUGUGUGGACGGUCUGGCAGCGGCAAAACGUCUACCAUUCUAGCACUAAUUCAAAUGAUUGAGACGCGAGGGGGGCAAAUCAUAGUUGAUGGUGUCGACGUCUCCACAAUGCUGUGCACCGACGUUCGCACUCACUUCAAUGUAGUACCCCAGGAACCAUUUCUCAUGCCCGGAACGAUCCGUUUCAACAUCGACCCUUUCGGGAAAGCUGAGGAUGAGGAUAUAAUCCGCGCUCUAGAGCGCGUUCGGCUUUGGGUAAUCAUAUCCGAGCAGGGCGGCUUGAGCAAAGAGAUAGACACGGCGAUGUGGUCAGCUGGCCAAAAACAGCUACUAUGUCUUGCACGUGCCAUGGUAAGAAAAAGCAAGGUCUUGAUACUCGACGAGGCCACUAGCAGUGUUGAUGGCGAGACGGAAGCGAUUAUGCAAGAUAUCAUUGACACGACUUUCAAAGACUGUACCGUGCUUGCGGUCAUGCACCGUCUUACCCAUAUCACUCGGUAUGAUAAGGUUGCGUUACUCGAUAAUGGCCGCCUAGUGGAGUUUGAUACGCCGGGGACGUUACUAAGCCAGGAGUCAAGGUUUACGAGCUUGUACGAAACUAGUGGUGUGAACACGUAAAAUUAUAGCUGGCAACGUGCCCAUUUCUUGUCGACACACAUGGCAUGAGGGUGUUAAAAUCAGCAACCUAUUUCUAUUAUCCAUAGGAAAUAUUAUAAAGGAAACCCUCUAUGUCUACUACGUUCAGCUUCGGAGUAAUAUUCACACCGUUGAGGGGUCAGUGUUGCAAAUAGAGGUUAUGUAAGCAUGCAGCUAUGUAACAUCCUGAUGAAGUGAAGUAAUUGUAGAGCGUUGUACUCUGCUGUAGAGUAUGUAUUUACAUCUAUAACAGCAGGGCAGUAAGGGCCAUAGCAACAUGUAAGAGGCUAUGUGAAAGGCAGUAGGUG